GCAUAAGAGCGCGUUGGGCACUGCCGAGAAAUAACUUUUUUUUCUCUCAGUGAGCGUCGACGUGCGGUCAGCUGCUGUUAGACGAUGGCUUGGCUGAAACUUGCGGUCUCUCUGCUCCUGUUGGCGUUGGCUAACGCCAGUCGCCCCGGAAAUCGCCGCCGUGAAACAACAGACAGCUUGAGGAUGUUCACUGCUUUUCCCCACGCCGUCGCCGUGUUCACAACCAAAAACGACACGUCCUUCAAAUGCCUCAGUACUACAAGAAGGCACUUCAAUCCACGGCAAAAGACAGUCACCUACGUUUGGCACUUCAAAAAUAACACUGGUCACCGGAGGAGAGACGUUGUUUUUGACGUAGACUUUUCACAAACUCCUGGACAAGGCACAUUUUUUAUAAACAAUGACAAAACCCGCCCUUUCACUGCAAUCUACAACUACUCCGACUACCGUGCCUGCGCGGUGAUCACCACACCCUAUGAAGGCCACGAUCACUGCUCUAUGUGGGUGAAGAGGGCGCGGGUGCACAACAUUCCCCAGCACUGCUUGGACAAAUACGAAGAAAUCUGCGGCAUCGGAGAGAAUCUCGUCGACAGGGACAUUUGUAGAGAUGACGAUGACUAAGAUGAAACCACGGCAUACCUUCUGAGCCUAAAACAUGUGAUGCAGACGUGGUUCUCUUGCUUAUCGACAUAAUACAUCAUACAGGCCAGUGGGGAUACAUUGACAAAGGUGUAUUGCAAAAUAAACAUAAAUUUUA